AUGUCUUCAUUAUCAGCACGAGUAGCAUGUAUUUGGGGUGCAAAUGGAAUAUCUGGUACGGCAAUGAUUGAUCUUUUAAUAGAACAAUCUUCUAAUGAAUGGAAUCAUAUUAUUUGUAUAUCUCGACGACCAUUUCAAUUAGAUAUAAAAGAUAAUCGUAUAGACUUUAUUUCUAUUGAUAUACUUAAUGCCACUGCCGAUGAAAUUGUUAAUGAAUUAGAAAAAGUUAAUGGUCAAACAAUAACAGAUGUUUUUCAUUAUACAUAUAUUGAAAAAAAAGAUGAAGAUGAAUUAGAUAAAGCUAAUAAAAUUUUAUUAGAAAAAGCAUUAGACACUUGUGUAAAAAUAGCUGGAAAAACAAUUCAAACAUUUUCGUUACAAACAGGAUAUAAAUAUUAUGGUGUUCAUAAAAGUAAAGAUGAUUUAGCUAAAUUACCAUUUAUUGAAGAUGCUCCACGUCAUAAAGGUUCUAAUUUUUAUUUUACACAAGAAGAUCUUUUAAAAGAUUAUGCUGAAAAAUAUGGAUGGAAAUAUAUCAUUACUCGUCCAGCAACCAUUAUUGGUGUUGCUAAAGGUAAUUUUAUGAAUUUUGCUGUGACAAUUGCAUUAUAUGCAACAAUACAAAAAGAACUCAGUCAACCAUUAUUAUUUCCAGGUAAUGAAAAAUCAUGGAAUAGAAUAUCUGAUCAUUCGACAGCUUCAAAUAAUGCACGUUUUCAAUUGUGGACUGUAUUAAAUAAAAAUAUUCAUAAUGAAAUAUUCAAUAUUGCUAAUGGUGAUUUGGUUCGAUUUCGAGAUUUGUGGCCAAAAAUUGAAAAUUAUUUUAAUAUUCCACAUCAUGAACAAAUAUUAAAUGAAAAUGAAGUACAAAUAAAAUUAGCAGAAUAUAUGCCAAAAAAUAAAGAUGGCUGGAUUCGUAUUGCUCAAAGAGAAAAUCUUGAUGAAAAAGCUUUUGAUUAUGCUACAUGGGCUUUUGCAGAUGGUUCUUUGAAAUCAUCUAAUGAUAGAUAUGGUGAUUUAAGUAAAGCACGUCAAUUUGAUUGGACAACACAAGUUGAUACAUUUGAUGGUUAUGUACAAUGUUUUGAUCGAUUGAAACAAUUAAAAGUGAUUCCUUCGUAA